CUAAAACUGAACAUUUCAAAUUUCAAAUAUUUUUUUGUUUUCAAAAAUCAAAAGUAAAAUAUUUUCUUCACAUUCACAAUAAAAAAUAUGAAUGAAUUUCAAAGUAAUGCGGCACAAAAUACCAUUUUAAAUCUUCUAGCAGCAUGUGAAACCAAUUUUGAAUUUCCUGCCCUUCAAAAUGAAGCAGUUGAACUAAUUUCAAACAAUAUUACUGAUAUUGUUUAUACAUCUUUGAAGCAAAAAAGUACUGCCAGUUCUACUAAAAGAUGUAACUUAUUGAAAUUGUUAUGCAAAAUAUCUGAAACUCCCGAAUCUCAUCUAACAGAAAACCACUACAAAGUCUACCUGAAACAAUAUGAAGAGAAAUUUUGCAAAUCAAAUGAUCUUGAAGCUGUAGUUAACUUAAUAACAACUAUCUCAAAAGAGCUUGAAGAUAUAACAGGAAGUUUACACAAAGAUGUUCUAGAUUUUUAUAGGAGAAAAAAUAAAAGAAGGGCAGAAAAAGCUAAAAGAAUAGAGUUUAUACAAAAAAUGGACCAAGAAAAAUCUGACAUGCACGUGCCCAGAAAUAUAUCACAUUAUUUGACCAGUGAGAGUUUAAUUGAUGAUUUACUGAAGGAAAAUCAAAAUAAAAAUGUAAAUGAAUCAUUGGAAAUAAAUAAUUUUAACUCUAGAGUCUAUAGACAAAAACAAGCUCAAUUUUGUUAUGCAAUUGUAAAUAUUGGAAAAGAUGAUAAGAAAAUACUAGAAAGUGUAUUGAACAAAUUAACAACUUAUAAUUUACUUGAGCGAUUUGAAAUUAGAAUGUUAACAGAUUUGUGGCUAAUGGGAGAAAGUAACAACCUGGAUUUGUCAGCCUUCAUCACCAAAAAAUUCCCAUUUAUAAUAGAAAAAAUUAUUCUUAAUUGUUGCACCGACAUAUUGAAACUAACAGAUAGUGCACAAGUAUCAAAGUAUUUUACUGAUUUGGAUCAGAAUCCUCAUAUUAUAAAACUUCGAGAUGUCUGCACCAAAAAUCUCGCAUUUUAUUGUAAACUAAAAAAUAUAAUUUUUGAAUUGUACGUUUUAAGUGAAUGUAAUGAGAAUGUGUAUAGGUUUUGUGAUUAUAUCAUUUGAAUUUGAA